UCUGCCCCACGUCCCCCCCUGCCACCGCCCCAUGUCCCUGGACCUUCCCCAUGUCCCCCCCUGUCCCCUGCCUGCGCUGCCGUCACCGGCAGCUUUCCUGGAAAGGGCUGACUCUGGCAGGGGCUCAGAGGGGAAGGGGCCCCAUCAGCCGGCGGCCCCGCUGGCCACCCAGGGGACUGAGAAUUUUUGUCCCCGGUGCCACCCAGCGCCCUUUGGACGCGUGUUCCCAAACAGCUGGCCCCCGGCCCGGCUCCACAGCGGGGUGUCCCCCCCCGGGAUCCGUGGGGUGGCAGCGCCAGCCCCGCGCUGAGUCACGCCGUCACGCUGGCGGCCGAGGGUCAGCGAUAAGGCAGCCGCUGACCUUCACCCCCCUAGGGGCCGGCAGUGGCCGGGGCGAACCAGGGUGGGCAGCCCCCCAGGGACCCCCCUGAGAUAGGACCCCGGGGUGGUGCUGCUGGGGGCACCCAUUGGGCUGGGGAUUUGGGCUGGUACAGGGGUUCUGAGAGGGGGGUCCUGUGGUCAUGGGGGCUUCCUGGGGCUGUGGGGUGCUCAUGAGGUUGCGUCACGGGGCUACAGCACACCGUGGGGCUACAGAGUGCCAUGGGGCCACCACGCCCCAUAAGGCCACCAGCUGAGCCCCACCGUGGCACCCCCAGCUGCCCAAAUCGCUGCCACGCACUUCGGCCAGCGUCACCCAUCGGCCGCGUCCCACCACAGGGCUGUGGAGCCACAGAGCUGGGCCCCCAGGGCACGGGGCCGUCCCUGCUGGGCUGUCCACCCCCUACACCCCCCCAUCCCCCCCGCAGUGACCCUUACCCUUGCUGUGUUUACCUGGCUGGGAGGCAUGGCCUCCCCAGCCCAGGGGCGGGGGCUGCUCUGGGGGAUAAAAGCACCCGCAGCCCCCAAGGCAGCACUUGUAGCCCCCCACCUCUGUGUCCUGCCCAGGUGAGCGGGCAGCUGGCACUCAGCACCUGGGUCUGUGGGGCAGGAUGGGGCUGUGGGGCAGGAUGGGACAGGGAUGGUGCAGGAUGGGGAUUGCGGAGCUGCAGGACUGGGAUGGGGAAGGGCAGAGACAUGGGGUGGGGAAGGGUGGGAGGGAGGCGGCAGGGCUGCGGGGCAGGGAUGGGGCAGGAAGGGGACGGGGGCUCUGUGGGGCUGGGAUAGGACCAGAUGGGCACGGAGGUGCCACGGGGCAGGACGGGACGGGGAUGGGGCAAGACAGUGACGAGGGAGCUGUGGGGUUGUGACGGGUGGGACGGAGCCAUGGGGUGGGAGGGGGACGGCAGCACCCGCCCCACACCCCCGGCGUCCCCACGCCCAGAUCCGUGCCGCGAUGAAGCUGCUGGUGGCCGCGUUGCUGCUGCUCUGCGCCUGCAGCCUCCAGGCCGCCCUGACAAAGCGCGAGGCUGAGCCCGAGCCCGGGGCCGAGGCCGCCCCGGAUGCCACCAUCCCCCUGAGCCGCCACUUCCAGACCUUCUCCGACUUUGUCACCAAGGAGCUGCCCCAGAAGCUGCAGGCAGAGGAGCUGCGGAGCCAGGCCAAGGCCUAUCUGGAGCAGGCCAACCAGCAGCUGACGCCGCUGGCCCAGGAGCUGCGCAGCAACGUCCUCCAAUUCUUCUCCUCCCUGCUGGAGCUGGGCAAGAGCAAGGAGCAGGCCUGAGCGCCGCCAUGGAGCCCGUGGCCCCCCAGCACCAAUAAAGCCUUUGAGCU